GCUCGGUCCCAGGGGAUGGGGCAGCCGAUCCCUUGUGGGACUUUCUCGGCUGGCCCAGCGCUUCCUGGGGCAAAGUCCCCGGGGCGAGGCCAGGGGCAGGGUGCGCCCGGAGAGUCGCUCUGUUGGGGAGCCCAGUGGGGAGCGUCCCGGCCGAUAUAGGGGGAGAGUGACUGGGUUCAGCAUGGCCCUGCCUGUCCCCCUCCCUCUCCUCCUGCUGGGGGUCUUUGCCGUCCCAGGGGGCUGUUCCUAUCCAGGCCCGCACUCGCUGCGCUAUUUCUACACGGCGGUGUCGGAGCCCGGCCCGGGGCUGCCCCAGUUCACCGUGGUCGGGUACCUGGACGACCAGCUCUUCUUCCAUUUCGACAGCGAGGUGAAGCAGGCCCAGCCUCGCGCUCCCUGGAUCCAGGCCGAGGGGCCCGAGUACUGGGACCGGCAGACCUGGAUCGCCAAGGGCUGGCAGGAGGCCUUCAACGGCAACGUCCGCAUCGCCAUGGAGCGCUACAACCAGAGCGGGGGCCUGCACGCCUUCCAGUACAUGUACGGCUGUGAGCUGCGGGCGGACGGCAGCACGGGGGGCUUCCGGCAGUACGGCUACAACGGGCGGGAUUUCCUCUCCUACGACACCCGCACCCACGCCUGGGUGGCGCCCAGCAAGGAGGCCGAGAUCACCAAGGGGAAGAUGGAGGCCGACAGGCACCUGAGUCAGCAGCAGCGGGACUAUCUGGAGAAGAAAUGCGUCGAGUGGCUGCAGAAAUACCUGAGCUACGGAAACGAGACGCUGCAGAGGAGAGAGCGCCCGGCUGUGCGGGUCACCAGCAGAGACGCCCCUGGCGGCCCCACCACCCUCUCCUGCCGGGCCCACGGCUUCUACCCCCGGGACAUUGCCGUGACCUGGCUGCGAAAGGGGGAGAGCAGAGAGCAGGAGACGUGGCGAGGGGGGGUCCUGCCCAACGGGGACGGGACCUACCACGCCUGGGCCACGGUGGAGAUCGACCCCCGGGAGAGAGGCCUGUACAGCUGCCGUGUGGAGCACGAGAGCCUGGCCCAGCCGCUCGACACUGCAUGGGAGCCCCCGUCCCGCUCUGCCCCACUCCCUGCGCUGAUUGGGGCCGUCGCUGGCGCUGCCCUGCUCGCUGGGACAGUUGGGUUUGUUCUCUGGAGGAGGCGGCGCUCAGGGAAAACCGGAGUCAUCGACACUCCAACUCAGGCCGGCAACCGGAACUCCAGCGCCUCUCUGGAAGCCAGCGACAAAGAAUCCAGCAAAGGAUCCAGCAGGGGCAGCGACUCCGGGUGUGACACCGGCUCGCAAGGGUCGGAGGCCGAGGUGCAGCUGCUGGGGGACACCGGAAGGGGAGAGACCAAUCUCCCUGCAGAAACUCAGCAGCUCCUCCACAUGGGUGUUCCUGCCCCGCUCGACAACGGGGACCCCCCAGCGGGCAUCGUCUAGGCUGGAGUUGUUCCUGGGGGUCUCUCCCCCCUCGACUACUGACUGCCCUUGUGACCUGAACUGAAUCCCUCACCCUUUCCCUCUGCCUCAGUGCCCAGGCCCUGGGUGCGACGCUCGGCUGCCUCGCGGGGGCUGCUGUGGGUUAAGGACCUGGGAUCUGUCAGACUUACAGGGAAAGCUGCGGUGUGGGGCAGGGACCCUAUGAUUUCUCAGCCAGGGGGAUGUGUACCCCUGGGGGGUCACAGGGGUCUGCCAGGGGGUACGUCAACUGCGCUAGGUAUUUCCCUGGUUUUACAGCAGGCGACACAAAAAACACCAGCGAAGUCGGUGCAAACUACAGUUUCAUACAAUGACUUGUUUCUAUUGCUCUGUGUAAUGUACAGUGCACUGACCUGUAAGUACAAUGUUUAUAUUCCAAUUAAUUUAUCUUAUAAUUAGACAGUAAAAACGAGGAAGUCAGCCAUUGUCCAGUCAUAGUGGGCUGUGACACGUCUGUAUGUUUGUCUGAUUUUGAAGUAAGUAUUUUUAAGCGAGGUGAAACUUGGGGGACACACGACAAAUCAGUCUCCUGCCAAGGGGACAGCAGCCUGGAAAAGUUGAGAGCCACUGGACUAGAGCGUGUCACUGAACCCCUGGAAUAAAGGCCCUGUCUCCCGUG